UCCAAAUGUGAUGCGGUUAAGCUGCGACUUGCUGGACUCCGUGUGAAAGGACGAUAGAACUUGGAGAAUGAGUUCAAAAAGAAGGCAACAGGACGAUGAGACACAGGAUCGGGAUAAGAAGAAAAAGAAGGAAAGGCGAGAAGCGUCAGCGGAGCUUUUUAAAUUGAUUGAAGACGCGGAGGUUAAAGACAGAACAAGGGAGGCGUGGAGUAAGAAAGAGUGCUUUUCACAUGGGGGACAGAUCGAGCUGGACUGCCAGCCCUUCCCGCACUGCGUGAUCCGCAACUUCCUCCAGAGCCAGAGCUUCCUGGAGGGUCUUCGGCAGGAGCUUCUGGAUCUCAGCUUCCAGGAGAAGUCCAACGACCUGUACAAAUUCAAACAGUCGGGUGACUUGAAGAAGAGGAACGAUGCCCACAUUGCCAGUUUAAGGUCCGCACUGUUCCAGCAGUUCCGCUCCUGGCUGUCAGACGUCCUGCAGGUGGAGCUGGAGGCCACCGUGGACAUUUCCUGUGCCCAGUACGAGUACACAGAUGUGCUGCUGUGCCAUGACGACGAGCUGGAAGGGAGGAGGGUAGCCUUCAUUCUCUAUCUGGUCCCUCCCUGGGACAGCAGUGACGGAGGCACUCUGGACUUGUACGGCACAGACAGGAAUUAUCAGCCCGAGCAGAUAGUGAAGUCCUUGGUGCCCUCGUGGAACACCUUAGUCUUGUUUGAGGUCUCGCCAGUCUCCUUCCACCAGGUCUCGGAAGUGCUCUCGCAGGGAAAGGGCCGCCUGUCCGUGAGCGGCUGGUUCCACGGGCGCUCCCUGGACAGACCGCCGCGCCAAUUGGAGCCCGCGCUGGCGCGCAGCCCCCACCGCCCGCGGGACGAGGCGCUGCUGUACGAGUGGAUUAACCCAGUGUAUCUGGACAUGGCGUACCAGGCCCAGGUACAGGAGGAGUUUGAGGACACUUCUGAGAUCCUCCUGAAAAACUUUCUGAAGGAAGAGAAGUUUAAGAUGGUGAACGACGCUCUGCGAGAGACAGACAUCGAGUGGGUGAGAAGGGGACCUCCCAACAAGAGGUGCUACAGGCUGGCCGAGGAGGCUGUGCUGCCCUCGUGUGUGAGCCAGUGCUGGGAGCUGCUGUCCUCGGAGCCCUUCUUCCUGCUGCUGUCCAACUUCACCGGCCUCAAGCUGCACUUCCUGGCCUCGGGGAGCGAGGAGGACGAGGAGGACGGAGCACGCGAUGAGGGGCAGCCGGCUGGGGCUGAACGGGAACUUCACCCAGAAGGAAGCCGCGAGGAGCCCGGCGUGCCCGGCGUGCCUGUCUGCCGGGGGGAGCUGCAGCGCUGGAGCCAUGGGGACUACACCCUCAUCCACGACACCGACCUGGAGAACUCCGAGUUCGCCCUGGACCUGCUGCUGCACUGCGGCUGCGAGGACUGGCAGCCAGAGUUCGGAGGAUUUACAUCCUACAUUGCCAGCGAAGAGGAUGAGGAGCUCCUUACGAUAUUCCCAGAGAACAACUCCCUUGGGCUGGUGUACAGAGACAAGGAGACCCUGAGGUUCGUCAAGCAUAUUAAUCACCGGAGCCUGGGAGAGCCUCCACGAAGUCCUCACGCACAGAGCUUUUACCGCUUUUCCUUCGUGUACUACGAGUGACAUAAAGGACACAAAUCCAGAA